UCUAAUGUUGUUUUUGGGGGGACAGAGAGGGGCGGAUUUUAAAUGGACCUAUCCUUUGCUUGGCAUGGGAUCUAUCUGUAUGCCCUAGAAAAGUUUGGUCAAGCUCAAUAAUUACUUUCCCUAGGCGUAGGAUAACAAUUGGGCACUUAGGAUAACAAUUGGGCACAUUGAUGCAUUUAAGUGUAUUAUUGCGCAAACUAUUGAAUCAAUGGAACAGGAGUUAAUUUAUUCUGCAACAGAUGUCAUUGGCGCCUCUUGGGAAGUAUUGUUAGGGGAGUGAUAUUUCUUUAGGUUUGCGAGCCCGCAAUUGUCCACAAUAGGCCUACAGUGCAGUAGGGUUCGUCAGAGGAAGUGACGGGAACGGGAUAGUAAACUCAAAUGAGGACUUCCAAUUUUUCAUGAAGGCUGCCACAAUAUAAGUCUGGUUAAAGUCGUCUGAACGAAGAGCGCAAAUGUUACAGUAGCCUAAUGAUUGUGCGCAAGAACGUUAUAUUCACAGACUUCAGAAACGCUACAAUGUACCAGAAUAUAGAAUGUACUCGGGCGACACAACGAUCAAUGCGGGAUGGUAGCCACCAACAUUUGCAGAGAUUUCACAAUACUGAAUUAAAUCUGUGGAUCAUAGAUUGAACUUUAUGCAGACUUUUCACGACUUUUCGUUGAUUUGGAAAUAUUUGCGACCGAUUUCAAGAUGAUUUACAACGAGGGUAGUAGACAGAUUUUUAAUAGUUAAAGUUAUUCCAUGAGUUUCAGAAUGUAUGCAAGUGAGAUAUCGCCACCAGUUCGGAUUUCUCUGCUAGUGGUAACUCUUGUAUCGCUUGGGAUUUGUUCAGAACUAAAAGUACGAGUGCGUUUAAGUGAUGGACUAAUUGGGGAGGAGAUUUUGGACGCCAACAGUGAGAAUGAUGACAUUACAGUCGAGUUCAAGCAAGGAGAUGGUACUCAUAUUACUGUGGUAUUUGAUUUCAAACGGGAUGUGAGGAUCGUUCGAGCUCUGAUCCUGGGGGAGCCAGAGCGAGGCCAGAACCAAUACCAGGUGCUGUGCUUUGUCUCCCGCCUCGAUCACCACGAGAUCAUCCCCACUGAGUCCAUGGCUCGCCUCAGACAGCUGUUCUGUGAUGGGAUUCUACAGAAGAACCCCCACUUGGUCCGCACGGCAGAGGAGAAGCGUGGGGUGGAACACCUCCACAUGGACAUGGUGGUGAAUGUGAGUCAUGCAGGGCACCUCAACACACUCAUCCACAAUGUGUGUAAGGAGGCCCAUGAGGGGUUUUAUACCCGGACAGCUGACACCAAGCAUUGGCUGGAUAAAGGAAUAGAGGCCAUUGAGUUUGAGCCCCUGCCCCAGACAGUGGACGUCUCUGGUCUGCAGCGAUGCCCCUCCACUCUGGACCUGUGGCAGCCAUGCUUCUGCAGCUAUCACCUACGUCUGGAGUGGCUCCCCUGCCUGCUCAAAUACUGCCGCAGCCGCCGGGGCGCGGCUGGAAGGACCAAACCGUACACGUGUGGCAUCAGAAGCUGCAGCAAGGGCUACCGCUUUGACUACUACGUCCCCCAUAAACAGCUCUGCCCAUGGGAUGAGGAGACCUAAAGCAGCUGGUUUUGCCCUUAGUUCUUUCCUAGAUGGCAUUUAGCCUACCGUGCACAUCUGGGCUGAGCAUGGCAGGGGAUUGGCAAGAGGCCUUGAAGUGUAUACAGAGUAUACCAAACAGUAGGAACACCUUCCUAAUAUUGAGUUUUUCCCUCCGAAAAGCAUCAAUUCAUCAGGGGUUAGACUCCACAAGGGGCCGAAAUGUUGACUCCAAUGCUUCCCACAGGUGUGUCAAGUUGGCUGGAUGUCUUUUCGGUGGUGGAUCAUUCCUGAUACUCACAGGAAGCUGUUGAGCGUGAAAAACCCAGCAGCAUUGCAGCUCUUGACACAAACCGGUGUGCAUGGCACCUACUACCAUACCCUGUUCAAAGGCACUUAAAUCUUGUGUUUUGCCCAUUCACCCACUGAAUGGCACACAUACACAAUUCAUGUCUCAAUUGUCUCAAGGCUUAAAAAUCAUUAUUUAACCUGUCUCCUCCCCUUCAUAUACACUGAUUGAAGUGGAUUUAACAUCAAUAAGGGAUCGUAGCUUUCACCUGGAUUCACCUGGUCAGUCUAUGUCAUGGAAAGAUCAAGUGUUCUUAAUGUUUUGUACACUUGGACUUACACUAACUUAUUUUCAGACAGAAGAGUGUCUCUGACUUACCACCAAGGUAUUUGGAUUCAACCAGACAGUAGCAUAUCUAUUGUAACCAUGUGUUUUUAAUGUUGGAUGUUUCCUACAGUGGUGUGUUGACUGUUGAGUCCAUAUAUAAUAAUACUUUUCCUAAGCAUGCAAGUGUCUGUAUUAGGGCAGCUAGACAGGAGCCUAAUGGGGGAAAAUCGACAAUGUGAAAAUGGUAAUAUCGCCCAACCUAGAUGGAAUUGCCCAUGCUACUAUGGAUGAAUGUUUUGAUUUGUUCAGUGCUCCGUUGGGGUAAAAUUGGAUGGUGGAUCUGCUCAAGAGAAAACAUUCAUCCAUGGUAGUGAAUGAAUCACUUAACUGAUGUAUUUUUUAUUGACUUAAUGCAAAAUAAAGCCAUUUAUUUACAUCAUGUUAAAAGAACUUGGGUAUUGAAACAGUACAGUCUGUAACCAAUAUCCACACUCUUACCUUGAACUAUAGGGACCAAUUUUUUGGCUCGUUGGAAGCGUUUUGUCAUUGCUGUCCAAUACAUCAGCGUGUAGCAUCAUAUGCAGACACUGACAUAAGUCAUGUUUAUACUAUAGGUAUACAGAAUAAAGUGAUUAACUGUGAGUAUUGAGCUGUCAUAUUCAUGGUGGUAUGAGAUAUUCACCAGGCAACUUAUAUCUGGGAACUUCUCUGUUCUACUUUUUGUCAAUACUUUUUUUUGACCUCUUUGAUCAACAAUAUAUUUUCAGAUUUACUAUCUUGUCGUGAUAAAACCCGAAGACACGAACUAGUGGACUGAAAAGUUUAUGUAGUCUUUCUGUCCUUUAUAUAUUUAUUCAACUUUUCAAACGUAAUGUCCAAAGUGCCAGUGAUUAAGCUUGUACUGGAGAUUGCUGUUCUGCAUGUCAUUGGUACAUUAUGAUAACUGCUUAUGUGUCUCUCUGAGGGAAGAACUGUUACAAACAAAAGUGAUUUUUCAAAAAUGGACCUAAAGCAUACGGCCAGGAACAAAACAUAAACCUUUAUUUUUUAAAUCUAUAAAUUAUUGGUUGAUGGUAAGUGCCUCAAAUUGUCACUGUGUUGUUUGAUUUGAAAGUAAUUAUAUGGUUUAAAAUGUUUUAUGUAAAAAAUCUGCAGUUGAAGUUCAAAAAUGUUUCCUAAAGGUGUCUAACUUUGACAAAUUAAAAUCCUAAUUAGUCUUUAUACUAGGCCUAAUGCUUCUUCUGUUGGGUGUCAUAUUUGCAAAGCUGGAUUUGUGGGCAUAUUAACAUCAUAAUGCACAAUCUAGACAUCUAAAACCCCAAGAAUACAGUGUCCUCCAUCAUUAUUAAAUGGAAUAAGUUUAGAACCACCAAGACUCUUCCUAGAGCUGGCCAUCCGGGCAAACUGAGCAAUCGGGGGAGAAGGGAGGUGACCAAGAACCCGAUAGUCACUCUGAAAGAGCUCUGGAGGUCCUCUGUGGAGAUGUGAGAACCCUCCAGAAGGAGAACCAUCACUACAGCACUCUACCAAUCAGGCCUUUAUGGUAGAGGGCCCAGACAGAGGCCACUCCUCAAAAAGAAAGUGACAGCCCGCUUGGAGUUUACCAAAAGGCACCUAAAGACAUUCAGGGACAAGUCUUUGGAUGUGCUUGAGUGGCCCAGCCAGAGCCCAGACUUGAACGCAAUCAAACAUCUCUGGAGAGCCCUGAAACUAGCUGUGCAGAGACACUCCCCAUCCAACCUGACAGAACUUGAGAGGAUCUGAAGAGAAGAAUGGGAGAAACUCCCCAAAUACCAGUGUGCCAAGUUUAUAGUGUCAUAGCCAAGAAGACUCAAUACUGUAAUUGCUGCCAUAGGUGCUUCAACAAAGUACUGAGUAAAGGGUUUCAAUACUUACAGUAUGUAAAUGUGAUAUUAAUUUUUAAUAAAUUAGCAAACAUUUCUAAAAACCUGUGUUUGCUUUGUCAUUAUGGGGUAUUCCGUGUAGACUGAGGAGGGAAAAACUAUUUAAUACAUUUUAGAAUAAGGUUGUAACGUAACAAAAUGUGGAAAAAGUUAAAGGGUCUGAAUCCUUUCCGAAGCCACCGUAUACAUAAUGCACAAAUAUCCAUUGUGGAGUUUGACUGCCCUCUGGCGAUGACUGGACUGAAGGUUGCCUGACAAAAUACAUUUAGGAGACUUGGCAGCUUUAUGAUAGGCUUAGCCUGUAGAUAAAUUAUAAGUAAUAGUUUUUAGAAACGUUGCUGUUAAACUGCAUCAAACAAACCUUUAAUAUCCAGCAGUCUUGAUUAAAGCACCAUCUGACCAGAUUUGCCUAUAACCACAUUUUGAUCCACGUAUAGAAAAACUACAUUAUCUGCAAAGUGAAUAAAUUACUAUUGAUUAAUUAAUUAAUCAAUAUCCAUAAAAACAUAGUCUAACUGAUUUGUAACCUAAUUUGGUGUGGCAGAUUAUGACGUUUCAUGAAACGAGGCAACAAUUGAAUGAAUGACAUAUGCGUAGUGUUCCAAAACCGAUCAGUUGAACCUACUGCUAUCGCUACACUCGCUUGGUCUGUGGGUCCUAGGGCUCUCUAACCUGUCAGAAUGUGUGCAUUAAUUGGAGAACUGUGUUGAAUGCAUGUGUCUAGGAGACGACAAGCUUACAUGGGUCCGAGGUUGAGCACUGUUCCAGAUUUCCUUAUGGUGUAUGUGUGUGCACGCACAUGUGCGGAUUUGUCUUUCUGUAGGAGCAAUGUGUGAAGGAGCGUAUCCAAUGGCACGACAGACCGUUGAAGAUGCUGUUUCAACAAGCCAACCAGAGAGGAGCAAGGCAGCUGCUUACUCCGCCCCCAGGGCCAUUCUCCCACUGGACAUCAAUAUUCUCUUUAUCUGUUUUAAGAUUGACCAAAUCAUUUGCACGAAGGUCUUCGUGUGUCCCAUGCCUUCUUUUCUUCAUGUCAUUCAGGCAGACAGACCUGUGGUUGUGGCAUCCUCUCAAAACAUACUAGCACAAUGUUGUCUUGUAGUGAAAAGAAGCAGAUGAUAAUGCACUUCGAACCAAACCUGUCAUAACGUUUUAUACAGUUAUAACAUGUUAUAAAUGCUAAUGAACUGUAAUACUUACAAUGCCUGUAAGUGCACAUGUUUAUAAAUGUUUACAAAUAACGAAAUUGACAUUUAUUGAUAAUUAAAUACAGCUUAUUCAUGAAAUGUAUUAA